GCUUCGAAGGAAAAAGCGGGGACCUUUUCACCUUGGAUCCGAAUCGGCGUUGGCAGAGUCCUCGGUGAGAUGUUCCGAGCCCACGACUUCCACGAUGCUGCCUCUUUCCCCCUCCCUUCUCCGUUCUCCCCUCCCCAUGUUUUGGCGAUGGUUUGUCUCCGCCGCGAUGCCCGUGCGGCUCCUCUCUUUCUCUCCCGAUGACAAAAGGGAGGUUUCCUAGCAGCAGGUGGAGGGAGGCUCCUCGGGCCGCCAAGGGCGAGGAAAGGGCCACCUGAAGAGGGCGAGGAGGCGAGCCAGUCGCCCCAACAAGUAGUUCGGCGCCGAGAGCCACGGACCUGGAGCCGCUCUCCUUCCACCAAGGUACUGGGGGCGAAUGAGAGGCAUCUCGGGGACGGAGGCGGGCAGAGAAUCCCCUCAAUCCCCAUCAUCAUCCAUAGAAAACCUCACAGUCAUGUCUGAGCCACCACCGCGAUGGGGAAGCUCGAGGACAACGAGAGGGUGAUCCUCAACGUGGGGGGCACCAGGCACGAGACCUACCGGAGCACCCUGAAGACGCUGCCGGGCACGCGCUUGGCUCUGCUGGCCUCCCAAGGCGAGUCUCCUUCGGGCGGAGGCGCCGUCGGGGAGGACCACCACCACCCCCAGCACCACCAACACCACCCGCCGCCCCUGCCGGCGCCCAACCCGGGCCCCAACCCCGGCGCCGUGGUGGGCCCCUUGGAGGGCCUGGGCAGCAGCUGGGGCCCUCGCGGCGGCCAUGAGGUGUCGGCGGCGGUGGCGGGCGGCUCCUCCUCGUCCUCGUCCUGCUGCGAGUUCUUCUUCGACCGGCACCCCGGUGUCUUCGCCUACGUGCUCAACUACUACCGGACGGGGAAGCUGCACUGCCCGGCCGACGUCUGCGGGCCGCUCUUCGAGGAGGAGCUGGCCUUCUGGGGCAUCGACGAGACCGACGUGGAGCCCUGCUGCUGGAUGACCUACCGCCAGCACCGCGACGCCGAGGAGGCGCUCGACAUCUUCGAGACGCCCGACCUCCUCACCGGGGAGCCGCCCCUCGAGCCCGACGACGACGACGACCCCCUCCACCACCAUCACCACCACCACCACCAGGGCGCCGCCGCCUCCGCCAAGCGCCUGGGCAUCGAGGACGUGGGCGCCGGCGGCGGCGGGGCGGCCUCCUCCUCCUGCUCCGGGCCCAACGGGGCGGGCCUGGACGGGCGCGGAGGGCGGUGGAAGAGGCUCCAGCCCCGCAUGUGGGCCCUCUUCGAAGACCCCUACUCCUCCCGCGCCGCCAGGUUCAUUGCUUUUGCCUCUUUAUUCUUCAUCCUACUUUCAAUCACAACUUUUUGCCUGGAAACCCAUGAAGCGUUCAAUACCAUCAAGAACAAAACAGAGCCAACCAUCAAUGGUUCCGAGGUAGUUCUACAGUAUGAAAUAGAGACGGACCCUGCUCUGACAUAUGUUGAAGGAGUCUGCGUGGUGUGGUUUACUUUUGAGUUUUUAGUCCGUGUUGUUUUUUCACCCAACAAACUUGAAUUCAUCAAGAACCUCUUGAAUAUCAUUGACUUCGUGGCAAUUUUGCCCUUCUAUCUUGAGGUGGGCCUCAGCGGGCUCUCCUCCAAAGCUGCUAAGGAUGUCCUCGGUUUCCUCAGGGUGGUGAGGUUUGUGAGAAUCCUGCGAAUCUUCAAGCUCACCCGACAUUUUGUCGGCCUCAGGGUACUGGGUCACACCCUCCGAGCCAGCACAAAUGAGUUUUUGCUUCUGAUAAUCUUUUUGGCAUUAGGAGUGUUGAUAUUUGCCACCAUGAUCUAUUAUGCAGAACGAAUAGGUGCCAGACCCAAUGACCCAUCAGCUAGUGCACACACAGAGUUCAAGAACAUUCCUAUUGGUUUCUGGUGGGCUGUGGUCACCAUGACCACUCUUGGGUAUGGAGACAUGUAUCCAAAGACUUGGUCAGGCAUGCUAGUAGGUGCGCUGUGUGCUUUAGCUGGGGUGCUUACCAUAGCCAUGCCCGUGCCUGUUAUUGUCAACAAUUUUGGAAUGUACUAUUCUCUGGCUAUGGCAAAACAGAAGCUUCCUAGAAAGAGAAAGAAGCAUAUCCCACCUGCUCCUCAGGCAAGCUCCCCUAUAUUUUGCAAGACAGACUUGAACAUGGCCUGCAAUAGCACACAGGGGGAUGUUUGUCUGGGAAAAGACAAUCGACUGAUGGAACACAAUAAGUCAGUGUUAUCAGGUGAAGACAGUACAGAAAGUGAGCAGCCACUGUCACCUGUGGAAAGGCUCCCACCAAUCAGACGCUCUAGUACCAGAGACAAAAACAGAAGAGGGGGAACAUGUUUCCUACUGACAGCAGGUGAUUACGCGUGUGCUACUGAUGGAGGGAUCAGGAAAGGCUAUGAAAAAUCCAGAAGUUUAAACAACAUAGCUGGCAUGGCAGGCAAUGCCCUGAGACUGUCUCCAGUAACAUCACCCUACAGCUCACCUUGUCCUCUAAGACGUUCUCGAUCUCCCAUCCCAUCUAUCUUAUAAAAUAGAUGACUUCCAUCGGCUACAUAACUAAAAGUGAAGUGCUGUUUAUCACCUAAUGGAAACAAGUAUAACAUUAACUGUAGGUUCCACUAAAACAAGUAUAGAUCAUUGUAUGAUAUAACAGUCAGUAGCAAGCAGUGCUACUUAGAUUGCUGAAGACCUUAGUUGUGCUUACAGACUACUAAAAUAGUAUUUCCCCCUUACCUGCUUUUGUCCUAAACAGCAAUAAAAGGACAGUUAGUAACUUCACCGGCUAGUAUAAAUAAAUAAGCCUAUUUUCAGGGACUUGUUUUUAAAUCUGUGUGCUUCCAGUUGAUAAUCACUUCAUUGGACCUUCAUUUCUUGUGACUCUAACCCAUUCUGAAGACAUCUGGAAUAUUGUCUUGAUUACAUACAAUUUGACUUCAGUCUGAUCAUUUGCUGUCUCCAUCCUGUCUCCAUCAUCUGACACCCGUCUUGCAAAUUAACCAGGACCGCAAUUGGCUCAGGAUUUUGUGGGUUUGUUGUGUUUCUUUUUCUUCUUCCUUCAUUGUACCAUCUCACAGAAACCACAGCAAUGAUCAACAGGUCUGCAUGUGGGGAUGGGUUGUUUCUUGUUUUUCUUUCUUUUUUUGACCUCUUUGAUUUAUUUAUUUUUAACUUGCUUUGUCAAUAAUGUUACUUCUUGAUUGAUUAAGUUUGGUACUAGCCUAAUGUAUCAGAGUUCUGAAUGUUUCCGGUUGUUUGCACACAGAUAACUGCAAAGAGGUUGUCAUUACUGGUUACACGCAAGCAGAGGCCAGAUCUCUUUCUUAAUGGCUUGGGGAAGGCACAAAACAUGAAAGAAAGGUAAACACCAUCCAGGGUUGGAGUAUUAAGUUAGCAAGUGCUGCUUCGUUCUACAAUCAUUUCUCUCCUCCAGGGUUCUUCAAUAUUUUCAGAGGCAGAGUGCCCAGUGAAAGCAAGAACUCUAUGGAAGGCUAUCGUUCUUUUUGUUUAUUAUAUUAUACCUGGUUUUGUUAUAGAUGCAGGAGGGCAAUAUAUUUCCAGAGGGGUUUUUGACCAGCCUCAAACCUCUUAACUCCAAAGCUUUCACAAUUUUAUUUUUUGCUGUCAAUGCUUUCUUUCUCUCCUUAUAAUUCUUGGUCCUGUGUGUUGUUUCCGUUUGCCUGCUUGCCUGUCUGGCUUCCUGUCCUGUCCAAAUUUCUCAUCUGUCUCCAUUAAGCACAGUUGCCUUCUUCAGAAAUGCUCUCUUCAUACAAGAUUAGCUGCUAAAAGCAUUUCCUUCCUUCCCUCACUUUUUUGAUAUAUGUAUCUAUGCAUAUUUCAAGAAUAACUGUAUAUCGUUUUAGUGGGCACCUCUUCGACAUUUCCCCCCAAAUGUUGGAUUCAGUAGUGGUUUUAUCAUUUCAGUAGGGUUGCUGCUUCAAUCCCACUCUUUACCAAUCUGCAUUCAUUCUUGUGUUCGGACUUUAUUCCCUACACUGCCUUUUUCUUUACAAUGAAACAAGAUGGCUUUAUUUAUGCAACAUCAUGAAUGCAGUCACAAGUAGGAUGUUUUGGGCUGGUGAGGAAAAACACCCAACAAUAUAAAAACCUUAGAGAAAUAGAAGAUGGGGGAAAACAUAGAGAUCCCUGAGAUUGUUAAAAUAUAUCCCUGAAUUUUCCAUGUUGUGUUUUGUUAGGAAAUGAAUUCUAUUUAACCAUGUAAGAUAUUCUUCUGUAUAUAAGAUAGCAUAAGCUGCAUGUGAGAAUAUUCCUGUACAAAAAUGUAUUUAUCAGUACUUACAUUUCUGAUAUUUAGAGAUGUACAUUGAUUUAGUUUUGGUAAAGAGCACUGGUAGACAGAUAUUAACGUAAUGUAUAUACUUAAUAUGCAAAUAGAUUCUAGAGCAGGAAUUAAUAUCUGGUGCUGCUGUUAUUGACUACAGUGUUAUACCGAAUUUAUCAUGGAUUUUUGACUGCUGAAAAAGGGACAAUGGAAUUUAGCCAUACCAAGGAUUGUGCUGGAAAGAGACUGCUCCUCCUGAAUGGGCCCUGAUAUUCACCUGCCGCCUUGAAGAGAUCUUUCUAAUUUCCUAUGGAAGUGGAGCUUGUUAUGAGGAUUAAGGACCAAUUCCAGCUUCUGCUGCCAGCAGACGCAAUGAUUAGUCACUAUUGAUGAGUCAGCUGUAAAUAAGAUGUGUGUGCAUGGAAUAUCAGCUUUAGCCAUCGUUGCCAAGGGAUGCUAAACUCAAAAGACAUCACCUCCGAGACUCCAUGAAAAAAAGGCUGACACACCUCUUUGUAUAUUCUUCUUGGUCCCUACAGUAGGUUCAUGCUGUGGAUCAUACAAAGGCACACAUGUUUUAACAAUAGUGAUGUAAACGCUGUCUGUCAUAGGUUUCCUCAUAACAACUGUAUUUUUGCAAAGUUUUGUAAUGCGUGAACAUAAACGGCAUAGGGUUUUUGCUACGUCUUUGCACUCUCAGUUUGCCAUAUCUAUAUUUUUAUGAAUACUAGUGAACAUGCCUACAUUUUUAGUUUCCCUUUCACUUGGACAUGAGAUCUGUGACUGCAAAUGAGAAGAGUAAAAUGCAUUCACUAAUUUGUCCAGAGAUCUCUAUAAAAUUUAUUUUUCUUUCAUUUUUUUGUUCACUUCAUUGUUACCUCAACUUAUAGAUAUUGACAAAUAUAAAAUAUUGGCAGUAAAAAUAUAAUUUUUUAUUGAAGCUAUCACAGAAGCAGCAUCAGUAAAUAUAAAAUAUAAAACAUAAAAUAGAUCCUAAAAAUGUAUAUUUUGCAUAAGAGAGAUAUUCUUUACUUUUUUGUGACUUUUGUGGUAAGAUUGUUCUAGUCUAUUCGACGUCUAUGAUGCUUUGUAUCCGGGUACUGUGUAAUAACUUAUGUUCUCUCCAUCCUGUUCAGUAAGAUCUUCUCCAGAAACUGUUUGUCACCCUGGUAUUUUGAAUGUAGGGACCUUUCCCACAUAUGAAACUCUGUGUUGUAGACCUCUUUGUGAACAUGUCAAAAGGUGCAUGCACAAGCCUGGUGGAAACCAGUGGCCAUGUAAUUAACAGAAAUGGAGAAUAAAAUGCAGAUGAUCCGGGGAGGAAGCUGGAACAUA